AUGGGAUCGAAAAAACAACCUCAAGUAACGAUUUGGAGACAAAAAGAAGAUAACAGCCAAAAAAGAAUUGGGUUUUCUCUUUAUAUAACUACAUAUAAGGAAGAACUCAAGAGAAGAUCAUUUCAUAAUCUCCGUGAAAAGGUCAUUGUCCUUAAUGCUACCAAGGCUUAUCGAGAUGAACAUGAAUCUAUCAGACAAAAAUUUGACGAUGUUGUUAGGGAGCAAGCUGGAAUUUAUGCUUAUUUAAAAAGCCCGACAGAAAAAAUCGUAUCUUUAGAAUAUAACGACAAUGCUAAUAUUAACGAAGAAUUAUUCGUUAAAAAGGAUGAUAAGAACAUAUUAAUACAUGACAAUUCAUCGUCGAACUCACAGCAUCGCUUAAAUUCAGAUUUCAAACAAGAUAAAUUUUUUUAUUUAUUUAACUAUUGCAAACUUGAAAUUAUAUCAAAUGCUAUCUGUAAUAAACGUAAUAAGAUAGGAAGCUUAAUUAACAGAGUACCAGUUGGCUUUAUGAAUUUAUACCGUGAUGCUCGGAUAGUUGCCUUAAACAUAGGUCUCAUUUUUAAUAAAGUUCUUCAACUCAAAGAUUGUAAAAUGAUUCUUGUCUUAAAUAUAACAUAA